GUAUGUAAGUACUAAAUCACCUGUGUGUUUCUCCAUCUGUCUUUCAAAACUCACUUUUUAUUUUCUUGCGCAAAAAUCUCAACCACAUCACAAUUCUCUCAUUUCCAAUCAAAUCUUAUUUCUUUCUUUCUUCAUCAAGAUUUUGAUUUUCGAUGGCUUCUCGCCGCCGCAUGUUAUUAAAAGUCAUAAUCCUCGGUGAUAGUGGGGUUGGUAAAACAUCAUUGAUGAAUCAGUAUGUGAAUCGGAAGUUUAGUAAUCAGUACAAGGCUACAAUUGGUGCCGAUUUUCUCACCAAGGAAGUUCAAUUUGAAGAUAGGUUGUUCACUUUGCAGAUUUGGGAUACUGCUGGUCAAGAGCGAUUUCAGAGUCUUGGUGUGGCUUUCUACCGGGGUGCUGAUUGCUGCGUCCUUGUUUAUGAUGUAAACGUCAUGAAAUCUUUUGAAAACCUUAACCAUUGGAGAGAAGAAUUUCUCAUUCAGGCUAGUCCAUCUGACCCUGAAAACUUCCCAUUUGUUGUCUUGGGAAACAAAAUAGAUGUCGAUGGUGGAAACAGCAGAGUUGUUUCUGAGAAGAAAGCAAAAGCAUGGUGUGCUUCAAAGGGAAACAUACCAUACUUUGAGACCUCUGCGAAAGAAGGAUUUAAUGUUGAAGCUGCUUUCCAGUGUAUAGCCAAAAAUGCACUCAAGAAUGAACCUGAAGAAGAAAUGUAUCUGCCCGACACAAUUGAUGUGGGCAAUGGUGGACGACAACAAAGAUCCACCGGCUGUGAAUGUUAAGUAGAGAGUUCUUUGGACCAGGUUUACCUGCUUGUUUGAUGGCAACAUAGAAGUGCCCUUCAAUGCAUUACCAAUGUAAAACCAAUGACAUUGCAAAUUCCAUUUUGUAUCUUACUAGUGGGUUAGAUUAGAUGUCCAUCUUGUUUUUUUGUUUUGUUUUGUAGUCUUGAUCUUUAAUGUUUGUCAAAGGAAAAUCCUAUGAAUCAGGAAAUGUAUACUGGUGAAAUAUUGUGUGCUUUUGGGAGUGAGUUAUUGCAUUGAUGUUCCUAGUUUAGUACUA